AUGCAUCCUGCAGAGCCAGAAAUGAGUCGCAUUCCCGAUGACAAGCUCGCCGAGUACUCUCACCGUGUCAAGGGCAAGGUCCUGGUCAUCACCGGUGCCGGAGCUGGGAUUGGCAGGCAAACUGCGCUGCUCUUCGCUUCAUACGGUGCGAAAGUGGUCAUUGGCGACCUGAACCCCGACGCUGCACUGACUGUUGUUGACGAGAUCGAGAAGGCGGGCGGUUUCCGCCUCUCUCCCUUUGCGACACAUAGAACAGCGGCGUGCAUCAAGUGCAAUGUCGUCAAGUUCGAGGAACAGGUGGACAUGUUUGAGUUUGCCAUCAAGAAGUAUGGCUCUGUCGACAUCGUGGUACCCAACGCUGGUAUUACAGAAACCGCCAAGUUUAUGACCCCAGUGCUCGAGAACGGCAGACCAAAGCAGCCCAAAACGACCACUCUCGACGUCAACCUCACCGGUGUCCUCUGGACCGCCCACCUCGCCGUGCACUACCUCUUCGUCAAUAAACAGCCGACCGACGACCUCAAAUCCCUCAUCUUCAUCGGGUCCGUCGCCUCCUGGCAAGCUAUCCCCCUCGGCGAGCUCUACACCGCCUCGAAGCACGCCGUCCUCGGGCUGAUGCGCUCCCUGCACCCCACUCUCGGCGCGCGCGGCGUCCGCGUCGGGUGUAUCCACCCCUUCUUCGUCGAGACUAACAUCGUGCCGUUCGUCGUCAAGGUCGCGCUGGCGGGUAUCCCGUUCGUGCCCAUCGAACGAGUGGCGGGGGCGAUUUUCAAUGCGGCGACGGAUCCGGACCCGAAGACGAGUGGGAGCGCGUAUUUAUUGCUGGAUGAUGGACAUGCGUUUAGGGUGCCUAAGGAGCAAUUUAAGAUGGGCGUGUACCAGAUGAUUGACGAGAGGGCGAAUGCAGCUCAGGCCGCGUUCAAGGGCGUUCAAAAAUGGCGAUAUAUCACUCGCGACGUCUGGAGUCUCGUUGGUAAACCAGUCGUGAAAUUUGCUGUUGUGGUAGUAGCAGCGAAGUACGCCUAUGAAAACAGAGAACUGAUCGAGAAUUAUGUUCGGUCGUUCAUCAACUAG